AUGAGUCCUGUCCUCUUGCUGUCUUUGUUACUGUCAGUUAUUCCACUGGCUGAGUUAGUCCCGGAAAAACCAAAGAGAUCUGCUCUAAACCAACUCACCCGGUUACUGCUUCGCAAAUACAACUGUGGAGUUCGGCCUGUCCAGAACUGGACUAAACCCACUACCAUUUACAUUGACCUGAUUAUCCAGGCUGUCCUGGAUGUGGAUGGACAGACUCAAAAAGUGACCACCAGCAUCUGGUAUCGCCAAAUAUGGAACGAUGAGUUUCUUGUUUGGGAUCCUGACGAGUUUGAUGGAAUCACUGAAAUAUCGCUGUCCUCGGAUGCCAUCUGGGUGCCUGAUGUCAUCAUAAGUGAAUUUGUUGAUGUUGGCAAAUCCCCAGUCAUCCCAUAUGUUUAUGUCAACUGCUCAGGAAAAGUAAAAAACUACAAACCCAUCCAGGUGGUCUCAGCCUGUCACCUGGAGAUUUACGCCUUUCCUUUUGACAAGCAGAACUGCACUCUGACCUUUCGCAGCUGGCUCCAUUCAGUGAGUGAAGUGGAUUUGGCUCUAUGGAGGCCUGCUGAGGAAAUCGCCAACGACACCAGAGAGUUCAUGAAUGAUGGAGAAUGGGAGCUGCUCGGCGUCCCUUCGCGCUACUGGACGUUGAAUCUAGAGGACAGAGACUAUGCACAGAUUCAGUUUAAUGUGCUUAUCCGCCGGCGCCCCCUGCUGUACGUGGUAAGUCUGCUGAUCCCGAGCAUCUUCCUCAUGGUGGUGGACGUCAUCAGCUUCUAUCUGCCUCCAAACAGCGGGACUCGCAUCACUUUCAAGACCAGCAUUCUCCUGGGUUACACUGUAAUCAGAGUCAACCUGAUGGAUGAAAUCCCAGCUACAGCCAUUAAAACACCUCUCAUUGGGGUCUUCUUUGCCGUCUGCAUGGCGCUGUUGCUGCUGAGUUUGGCCAUGUCCAUUUUUGUGGUGAAGCUGUUGCAUUAUAGUGAGAAGGAAGUGAAGGAAAUGUCCAUCUCUGCUUGCCUACUGGAUAAGUACGGCUCAAUGGACCAGAGCCUUGAGAGUACAUUCACUUCCAUGAAGACGCUGGAUGAUGUGGACCAAUCAGGAGGAGAAGCUGAUCAGUUGACCUAA